AAAAACCUCACUCUUUGGCUGUUGUGAUCAAUACAACCAAAGCUCACAGCCCUCUCUUGUGUCCCUCCUGCCUCUCUCCCUCUCUGAGUUUUUCUGCAAUUCCCAGAUCCUAAUCUAUCGGCGUCCUCUCUCUCUCUACGCGAAUCCCAAACCAUAGCAAAUCACCUCUGCACCAUCUUGUUUCUCUGCGACCUCUUCCCCAAUCAAAUCUCUCUCCCUCUCGCUCUCUCUCUCUGUUCACCUCCAAUCUACUUCGUUUCUGCUGUUGACCUGUUGCUUCAAUGGCUGACGGGAAGCUUACUCUGCCUGACGAUCUCAUCUCAUCCAAGUUCCCUGAUGAACACACAUCCAACGCCAAAGAUGAAGCCUGGGGUGGAGGAAUUGGUGAGGACAAGCCACUGAUGAGUUUGCUUGAUGAGUCAAAAGAUGAAGUAGUUUCAGAUAGCGGCAUGCCUCUUUCUCCACAAUGGCUUUAUACUAAACUUGUUGAUGCUAAGAUACCAACUGCUGGAGCAUCAGGGGAAAUGCGUGCACCUAAUUCUCUGUCCCAGGGGAACUGCCCUGACAACAAUUUGAAAGAUAGUUGGCGAUUGGAUGGCCAGGAUAAAAAAGAUUGGAGGAAAAUUUCAGCUGAUGUAGAAAGCAGCCGUUGUUGGCGUGAAGAGGAGAGAGAGACAAGUUUACUGGGUAGACGAGAUCGUAGGAGAGAAGAUCGUCGUGCUGAUGCCAUAUCAACAAGGGACAUAGCUGAGAGCAGAGUAUUGUCUUCUUCAGAUCGUUGGCAUGAUAGUAAUAGCCGUAAUUCUGGGCAUGAAUCUCGGAGAGACAGCAAAUGGUCAUCAAGGUGGGGUCCUGAAGAUAAAGAGAAGGAUUCUUGGAAUGAGAAGAGGACAGAUGUUGAGAAGGAAGAUACUUACACAGACAAGCAAUCUUUUGUUACUGGAAGCCACACAACUUUGGAGCGAGAGAAUGACUCUCGAGAGAAGUGGAGGCCUCGCCAUCGCAUGGAAGUUAAUUCUGGUGGAAUGCGAAGUGCACCAGGAUUUGGGUCAGAAAGAGGAUGCAUGGCAGGAUCAAAUAUUCGAUUUGCUGCAGGAAGAGGAAGGUCAAAUAGUAAUGGGGGCAUAUCAAUUGGAAGGCAUCCUUCUGCUUCUGCUAUUGGAUCUAUUCCUUUGGAUAAGAAUCAAUCAUACUGCUAUCCAAGGGGAAAAAUUCUGGACAUUUACCGAAGGCAACAAACUCUUCAAAGUUUUAAUAACAUCCCUGAUGGGAUGGAGAAUGUACCCUCAGUAACAACAGAAGUUGCUAUUAAGCCAUUGUCUUUUGUUGCACCUGAUGCAGAGGAAGAGGCUGUACUUGGAGAUAUAUGGCUGGGGAAAAACAAAAGCAGUGGAGGGUUACACAAUUCACUUCGUGACAGGAAUGAGGGAUCAAAAGAUGAUAUCAGAGGCUUUGCUGAAGUGACUAGUGAGGGGAAUCUGAGUUCUACAAUUAACACUGAUGAAAUUUUUGAAUCUUUUAGAAAGUUUGCUGUUAAUGAUUCUGAUGAUGGUAGUGGGGCUGACGUGUCAGAUACAUCUAUAAUGGAGGAGGUAUGUUCUUCAAAAGAAGGCAAAGAGAAGCUUAGAACAGCAAUUGGUAGAGCUUUGAGUGAUGGCUUGAUGCCUGCUGUUCCAAAGAAAGAGAAUUCCAGUAGUUCCCAGGAGAUUGGCCCCGGUAACAAUAUUGUGGAAUUGAAAACUCUUGAUAACCAGCAAGUGGCAGAUUUGGCUAAUAUGAACCAUCUAGAGUCGGAACAUAUCAAGUCAGCUACUUCUUUUGAAAUUGGUAGUCAGCUUCCUGAUGAUCCGAGUUCUCUAUUUGAUUUUCCAUCUGGACAGCAAAGUCAAAGUGAUAAUCAAUUUGCUUUAAAGAGCAAUGAUGAGGUACACCUAUUAAGAAGUGUUGUCAUUCCUGAGGAGCUAUCUUUGUGCUAUCUUGAUCCUCAAGGGGUGAUACAGGGGCCAUAUCUGGGGAUUGAUAUUGUCACAUGGUUUGAGCAAGGGUAUUUUGGAACUGAUCUACCUGUUUGCUUGUCAGAUGCUCCUGAUGGAUCACCUUUUCUUGAACUUGGUGAACUUAUGCCACAUCUAAAAGUUAAACUUGGAUCUGUUUCUAGCACCAGUAAGUUAUCCGAUACUGUUGGAGGCAGCUUGGAAGAGAGUAUACCUAUUGCUUUUGCUACUGACUUUGAAGGUAGUUCUGCUGUUAGAGCAGACCAACAACAGGCUUCAUCAGCUUCAUCUAGAUUUGAGGAUCCCUCGAAUGUUAUUGGUCAGUCAAGUGUUUACAAUAACAGUUUUCGCUCUGGGAUGCAGUGCUCUGAUGAUCAAAGAUUGGAACAUUUUGUCACUCAGGGUGAAGAAGUUCUUCCUGGAAGGCCUGGAAGUAACAGUGGUAACCCUUCGAUGAAGCUUGCUGCAGACAUUCCAAAUUCGGUUUCUAAUCCUUCUAGUGACCCUUCCCUUGCGAGUGAAUUCUUAGGAACUCAUCAGGAUGAGAAUCUGCAUCCAUUUGGCCUUUUGAUGUCUGACCUCAGAGGUAACUCUCAGCUGAGGCGUGUUCAAUCAUCAAAUAUAUCUUCAAGCAUGGGUGAUCAGGGUCAAACUAUAGAUCCUUGCUCAGAAGGAGCUUUUGCUUUCUGCAAUCAGAGCUCUUUUGGUGCAGUGGUUGAUCAACCUCCUUAUAUGGAGACAUGGUCUGAUGAUUAUAGCAAAAAUACUCUCACUAACCCUAGCAUUCAUAUAGAUUCAAAAGAUGUUCACUUAUCUCACAGGGAGCAAGACUUCAGUGAUUUUGACCUGCAGCACCUUAUUUUACAGAAUUUGCAAAAAGAACAACUUCAGCCACAGAAUAAUUUAUCUACACAUUCCCUCUCACAUGGCACCAGAUUGGGCAUUGAAGAAAUUCCUUCUAAUUUUUUGAAACUGCAGUUUCAACAACAGCAGCAAUUAGAGCUUCAACAACAACGGAGAUUGGAGCUUCAACAACAGCAGUGGCACUUGGAGGUUCGGCAGCAGCAACGGCAGUUGGAGAUUCAGCAGCGGCAACGACAAUUGGAGCUCCAGCUGCAACGGCAGUUGGAGAUUCAGAGGCAGCGGCAGUUGGAGCUUCAGCAGCAGCGUCAAUUAGAGUUUCAACAGCAGCAGUGGCAGUUGGAGUUUCAACAGCGGCAGUGGCAACUGGAACUUCAAAAGCAGCAGCAGUUACUCCAGCAGCAACUUCGUCACCAGCAAAUGGAGUUGCUGCUACAGCAGCAAGAAAAACAACAACAGCAGUUGGUUCUUGAGCGUAUGCUUCAGCAUCAGAUGUCUGAUCUUGGUUAUAGACGGUCAAAAGUGGAUCCUCUGAUGGAGAACUUGCUUGAUCAAGUUCAGUUCAGAAUGCAGCUGCCAGAACUGCAACAGAGUUCUCAUCCUUCUAGACACCUUGAUCCAUCACUGGAGCAAAUAAUCCAAGCUAAGGUUGGAUUGAAUUCUCUUCAAGAACCACAGGCUGAUUUCUUAGACCUAUUACAGGAAAAACAUGGAAAUGUACUCCCUUCCAACCAGUUUCAUUUUCAGCAAGAACGGUUGCAGGCACAACAAUUAUCUUUGGCACUGAAACAGCAGUUAGGAAUGGAUGGGAAGAGACAUCUCAGUGGACCAUUGUCUGUUGAUGAAGCAGGUCAUCUUGCUCGGAAUGGUGGUGCUCUUAACCAGUCUCAGUCUUUAGGAUUUGAUACUUCAGAUUUCUACCAGCAGCGGAGGCUUUCCUCACCAGAGGAGCAUCUAAGCCAUCUUAAACGGAAACAUGCUUUACAGGAGCAGUGUCAACAUGGGCUUUAUGAACCUGUUGUAAUCCCUGGGAUAAAGUUGGAUAAUGUAAAUGAUUGUCCUCAAGAUCCCAAUUCAACAGAACAUCUCUACAUGCAGCCUGCCGACCAACUCGGUUCUUUCUCUUCUGGUAUGCCUUUCCCGUUUAAACAAAUUUCAGAUGAUUUUUAUGGUUCUCCCCCAGCAGCAUUGGGAUUUCUCCCUGGAAAACAAGGGAAGCUGGAAAAGAGUGGGAUUAAAGGAGAGAUGCAACAACUGCUUCUUGAAACUCAGCAGCAGAGUAAGGUUUCCGAAGUUGCUGCAAACUCUAGUAUUUGUGCACCAACUGGAGGUGAUGAGGAAAACUCAAAGAUACUUUUGAUGGAUUGCCAAAAACUGGGUCUUCAAUGUAUUCGGUCGUCAGAAACUGAUUAUCAAUAUCUUAUAUCAUCUUCUGAGCCUCAGGAUGCCUUAUGCCUGAUCAAGGAUUCGCGCUUUUCAAAUCUUCCUUUCAAUCACAUCCUAGAUCAAGAAGCUGCUAUGAACCUUUCAUUUAUGAAAGGGCCACAAAUUUUGAAUUCAACUUCUCUAUUGCAAGAUAAUCUGGUUACUGCUGCUUUGAGUGGUCAAAAUGGUGAAAGAUUGCUCUCUAAGUCAAAUUCUGGAGCACUAAUUGAAGAACAGACAUUCUUGUCAGGCGCAAGAGAUCCUUCUCAUGCUAGUUAUGCGAAUGCCAGAUUUAUUGGUAAAUCAACAUUGGACGAAGACUUGCCAGAACUGGAAAGAAAGGGAAGUAUAUAUGGGUCCAAAGCUAUGGUUCCGAUGUGCAGGUCAGUUUCACAAAUUGAAGACAACUUGGUUGAGCAGGCAGAAGCUGCAACGGAUUUGGGGAGGAUACCAAGCAGGCAUAGUUUGCUAAGCAUUGCUGGCGGAAAUCAAGGCAUCUACUGCUGCAAGAUGGGAAACAAUAUAUCAUCUGGAGGGGAGGUUUCUAAUGAUAGUGUACCUUCUAUACCAACCAAAGGGCUUGAUAAUACUUUACAUAAACGUCUGCCCGUAUCACGGGGAUUAUCUUCCGACGAUGGUUUGCCAGACUUGGCCCCCGCUUCAAAUGUCAAGCAGAAAAGCUCGCUGAACCUUCCAACUUCUAAUGAAAAAAGGCAUUUGUCUGAGGGGAAUGUAGCAGCAGCCUCAGUUGGUGAAAUGCAGGCAUCUGGGAAGAAAGAAAUGCGUUUUAGGAGGACCUCUUCUUACAGUGAUGCUACUGUGUCAGAGACAUCAUUUAUAGAUGUGCUUAAAAAAUCAGUUCUUUCUGAGGCUGAUGCAGCUAAUGUGGCUGCUCUGGAGUCAUCUGAUGGUUCACAAGCAGCACAAAGUGCGAAAAAGAAAGGAAAGAAGGGAAGGCAGAUAGAUCCUGCUCUUCUUGGCUUCAAGGUUUCCAGCAACCGUAUCAUGAUGGGUGAGAUACAACGCCUGGAAGACUAACCAGUACAUGGUGUAUAUAUCUCUGUAAAUCUUUCUUUAAUUGUUUUAUAGAUGAAUAGGUUUUGUACAGGUUACUGGGGAGGUAUAACAGUUUUGAAAUUCUUUCAUUCUUUUUUGUUCUCCACAAGGCGGAGCAAUAAUAGUUCUGGUUUUGACUCCUGCCCUUCAUACUAUGUUGUACAGGCAAUAAGCCAAUAAUUAAGAAGUUUUGUAAGGCAAUAGAAAAAAGAAAGCUAUUACAAAUUA